AUGAUUAAAUACAUUCAGCUGUACAUUUUAUUUGAUUUUAACAAUACUGAAGACACACAAUUCAAGACAGACUUUAAAAAACUCCCCAGAAAAGAAUUUAAAAGGCCAUUUGCAAAACAUGUCCUCACGCCAACUUCGAGAGACCAAAAAUUAUGUUUGGGACAUGAACAAUGUUCUCGGUCCUGGAGCCACAAGUAUUGUUUACAUGGGACAAAAAAAAAGUGUACUGGGGAAGAGGUAGCAGUGAAAGUCUUCACUCAACCGUCCGACUCAAGGACUUUGAUGAUACAGCAACGGGAAUUUGCUGUACUUAAAAUGCUCUGCCACAAUAAUGUUGUUCAGCUGUUUGCAAUGGAACCAGAGAUUUCAGGCAACAUGCAUGUGUUAGUAAUGCAAUAUUGUUCAGAAGGAACCUUAUAUCGAAUGCUCUCAAAACCUGAACAUACCUUUGGUUUGGAGGAAGAUGAAUUCUUAAUAUUUCUACGGGAUAUCACUGAAGGAAUGAAACAUCUUUGUGAACAUCAAAUUGUUCAUAGAGAUAUCAAACCAGGAAAUAUCCUUUGUUACAAGGCCGACACUGGCAGAUUUAUAUAUAAACUCACAGAUUUUGGUGCUGCCCGUGCUCUUGAUGACUCCCAAGAAUUUGUGUCUUUAUAUGGAACAGAAGAAUAUUUGCAUCCCGAUAUGUAUGAUGUUGCUGUGAUGAAGAAAGCUGUGGGACACAAGUUUGAUGCAGCAGUUGAUCUGUGGAGUCUGGCUGUGACCAUAUAUCAAGUGGCUACGGGACAAUUACCUUUUCAGCCAUUUGGAGGACGCAAGAACCGGACAACCAUGCACAAAAUUCUGGCAGAGAAGAAAAGUGGGGUUGUGUCAGGCAUCCAGAAAAGCUAUGGGGGUGAUAUUGAAUGGAGCUACGAUUUUCCAGAAACCUGCAUGCUAUCGCAAGGCUUGAAGAAUUUGCUGUUACCAUUCCUGGCAGGAUUACUGGAACGAGAUUCCAAAAAGACCUGGAAUUUUGAUCAGUACUUUAGUCAAGUGCAAGAAAUAGUCUCCAAGAAAGUUAUCCAUCUCUUCAGUCCAGAACAUUUCACAAAUUAUAGAAUCUACAUUAAGAAGGAACAAAAUUUCACUAAUCUUCAAGAGUUGAUUGCAACCCAAACAGCCAGUUUCACUAAUCUUCAAGAGUUGAUUGCAACCCAAACUGAUGUAAAUGCUGCCAAUCAACUGCUUCUUUUUGAGGGACGUCUGCUCUACGACGUUGUGAACACCCAGCAAACCAUUGAUACCUACCCACCGAACAUUACCCAAAAGCAUCCAAUAUUCUUGAUCAUUUCACCAACCAACAAGACUUUGGCAUUUGAAGAGACAAUACCUCAAUUUCCUCUACUGGAUCCAAAUGCACAUGCAAUCGAUCGAACGGUACUGAGAAAUAAUGUCAGUGUUAUUUUUUACAUCAAGAAACUGGUUAUGCAAAUCAUGCUGAAACAGGAUCUCCUCCGGGAAUCACUUCGCAACUUCAUGAUUUUCCAAAACCAAACGUUUGUCACUCAUCGAGAUCUUCCAACGGGUGCUGUGGAAAUUAUGGCAUUAAUUAGCACAUUCUUGGAAAACACUAAUCACUCUAUGAAAGAAUCUGCUGAAAAAAUGACACUUGAAAGACUAUUGGUUGAGUUAGAGAAACAACAAAGAAACUACCUGAAAAAUUUCUCAGAUGAUUACCGAUUAAACAGUGGCUGCAGCAGUGAAACUGAUCAUUGUGUUCCCACAAUUGUCAGCUUGGCUAGCCGUGCUCAGGAACUCACAAACCGACUUGUUGAUCAACUCAACAAAGUAAAUACUGACCAGUUUCACGAACUCGACAGAUUUGUUUUCUUUUACUCUUUUUUUUUUUUUUUUUUUUCUUUUACCACUUCUCUUUUGUACUUUUUCUUUUCUUUUUUUACCUUUUGUCUUUUCUUUUUUUACCUUUUUUCUUUUUUGACUUCUCUUUUUUACUUUUUCUUUUCUUUUUUUACUUUUUUCUUUUCUUUUUUCUUUUUUCUUUUUUUGACUUUCUCUUUUUUUUUUUUUUUUUUUUCUUUUUUUUCUCUUUUUUUACUUUUUUUUUUUCUUUUUUUUACUUUUUUUUCUUUUCUUUUUUUUUUUCUUUUUUUUUUUUUUUCUUUUUUUUUCUUUUUUACCUUUUUUUUUUUCUUUUUUUUACUUUUUUUUCCUUUUUUUUUUUUUUUUUUUUUUUUUUUUACUUUUUUUCUCAUUUUUUUACUUUUUUUUUCUUUUUUUUUUUUUUUUUUCUUUUUUUACUUUUCUUUUCUUUUUUUACCUUUUUUCUUUUUUACUUUUUUCUUUUUUUUGUACUUUUUCUUUUUUCUUUUUUUUUUUUUUCUUUUUCUCCUUUUUUUUUUUUUGGAUUUUCUUUUUUACUUUUUCUUUUUUUUUUUUUUUUUUUUUCUUUUUUCCUCUUUUAAUUUUUUUUUUUUUUUUUUUUACGUUUUUUUUUUUUUUUUUAUUUUUUUCUUUUCUUUUUUUUUUUUUUUUUUUUUUUUUUUUUACUUUUUUCUUUUCUUUUUUUCUUUUUUUUUUUUUCUUUUUUUUUUUUUUUUUUUUUCUUUUUUUUUUCUCUUUUUUCUUUUUUCUUUUUUACCUUUUCUUUUCUUUUUUCUUUUUUUCUUUUUUUUUUUUACUUUUUUCUUCUUUUUUUUUUGA